AUGUCAGAUUCUAAGAUCUUGAUUUAUCUCAUGCGUCGGGACCUACGAGUGGCCGAUAACCCAAUCCUCCAUUCUCUCAUUCAUAACAAGGAUCAUGGUUUUACCCAUCUUCUCCCACUCUAUGUUUUUGCCGCACAACAAAUCGAGGUCUCGGGAUUUAUUCCUGAGGAUGGAGGCAAGAGUCCCUACCCAGAGGCUAGAAGUCAACUCGGCGCAUUCUGGAGAUGUGGUCCUCAUAGAGCGAAGUUUUUGGCGCAAAGUGUUUGGGAUUUGAAGGAUGGUUUUGAGAAGAUUGGAAGUGGAUUGUCCAUCCGGGUGGGGAUGGUUGACGAAAUAGUGAAAGGAUUAAUCGAGAGAUUUGAAGAAGGAGCCGGCAGCAAGGUUUCUGCAGUGUGGAUGACUUCUGAAGAAGGAGUCGAGGAAAAGCGAGAAGAGCGCUCAACGAAGAAAAUUUGCGAUAAGGCUGGCGUUGACUUCAAAUUGUGGCAAGAUGAGAAAUAUUUUGUCGAUGAUCGAGAUCUUCCAUUUGAGGAUCCAAAAGACCUCUCCGACAUCUACACGACCUAUCGCAAAAGUGUUGAGCCCCUUCGUAAUGCGCCACGUCCAGAUUUACCAAAGCCAGAAAUGAAUUCGUUGCCACCUUUCCCUACCGACGUUCCACCUCAGCAUUCUCCAUUCGUGAUUCCAACAAAGUAUGAGGAAAUUGAGGCAGCGCUUCUCAAGCCAAUCAAUUCGCAACCUUUAGUUAAAAAUCCACCCAAGUGCCCUGAGAAUACCCUCUCGGUACAUCCUUUUACAGGUGGCGAAUCUCAUGCGCAAGAACGACUCGAACACUUGAUCACUUCUGGCUCAAUCACUGGUUAUAAAUCCAGUCGCAAUGGUCUUAUGGGUACCGAUUUCUCCACAAAACUUUCAGCAUACCUCGCUCUUGGUUCAAUCACUUCGCGUCAAAUCCAUGCCUCAAUGUCUGUCUUCGAAAAUGGAUCCACUUCUGAUGACAGGUACAAAGACCUAGAAGGAUACGGAAACGGUGAAAACGAAGGCACAUAUGCUGUACGAUUUGAGCUUCUUUGGAGAGACUAUAUGCGUCUCUGCACUCGUAAAUUUGGACCCCAGCUUUUCCGUUUGGGUGGAUUCAAAGCUGAGGGAAAUGCACAUUCAAAAUGGAGCAGGCUAGAUUCGCCAAAAGAUGGUUUCUCAAAAGAACAGAUUCAAGAAAUUGUUGAAAGAUUCCUAAACGGUACAACUGGAAUGGGGUUCAUUGAUGCUUCUCAGAGAGAAAUCUAUCAUACGGGAUAUACGAGCAACCGCGCACGUCAAAAUGUCGCUUCCUUCCUCUCUAAACACCUUUACAUUGAUUGGAGAAUCGGUGCAGAGUGGUAUGAGUGUAUGCUGGUCGAUUACGAUGUCAGUUCAAAUUGGGGUAACUGGCAAUAUGUCGCAGGAGUGGGCAACGACCCUCGAGGUAACGAUCGUAUCUUCAACCCUGUCAAACAAGCUUUCGACUACGAUCCGAAGGCUGAAUAUGUUCUCGCUUGGGUUGAUGAAUUACGAGGUGUAGAUGAGUUAGGUCAAAUUUUCCAGGCUUGGACUAUUAAUGAUGAAGAGAAAAAAGAAGAAUUGGGUAUUGCGGAUACGGAUAUGGUUAAAAACCCAUUGAAGAGAAUUGAUUUCAAGGUCAAUAGAGGUAGGGGUGGAGGAGUUGGAGGUGGAGGUGGAAGAGGUGGCGGUAGAGGUAGACCCCCUUAUCGACCUCAUGGGGGAGAUAGAUGGAUGGGUAGAAGACCUAGUCCUCAAGAUCAAGGACGAGGUAGUUGGUAUGGUGGAAGAGGUGACCGAGGCUAUCAAACCCGAGGAUAUCAAGGGAGAGGAUACAGAGGCAGAGGUGACCGCGGAAGAGAAAUGAGAACCGGCAUGAUGGAUAAGGAGAGAGAGGCUACUGCAGAUAACGAGUAA